AUGAAGGCUCGCUUUGCCGGCCUGUGUCGUCCGCUCUGCCCUAGCCUCCCUUCCGCCACCCCGCACCCGAAACUCACUCCCGGCCCCCAGACCACAGCGAGCGCCUACCGGGGAGGCCGUAGACGGCGCGGGGGCUUGCGGCCCCGCCGCCGCUUGAGGCUCCGGCACACACAGCUGCAGCAACAGCAGACGGCGGACGGCGCCGCGACGACCGACGUUGCCGGCGUCGGGUCCGCGACCAGGCAGCUCUCGCCCCAGAGCCGGGCGCAGCUGCUGAUCUCGGAGAUGGACAUGCAGCUGGGCCACCUGGAGGAGGCGAUCGGUGACAGUAUGCACGGCCCAGAGGCGCUCACGGUGGUCUUCUGCAGCGCGGAGGUGUCGCCGUGGUCCAAGGCGGGCGGCCUCGGGGACGUGAUGCAGGCGCUGCCGCCGGCGAUAGCGCGUCGCGGGCACCGCGUGAUGACGGUCGCGCCGCGCUACGGCCUGUACCCAGACACCAGGCCGACCGGGGUGCGCGUGCCGCUGGAGCUGCCGCCGAAGAGCGCGCUGUCCGGGAACGCCGCGACCGGGGCGGCAGGGUCCGGGGAAGGCGACGCGGGGGACCGCAGCGCCGCCUCGCACGCGGAGCUGCACGUCUGCAACCAGGGCGGGGUGAUUCGCGUCUUUGUGGACCACCCCGCGUUCAACGCGGCGGACAACAACGACCCCCACACCAUCUACGGCACGGGCUACAUCGAGGGCGGCGCCGAGGGGUCCAACCUCGACAUCCAGUACUCCAUCCUCUGCCAAGCCGCUGCAGCAGCCCCCGCGCUGCUGCUGCCGCCAGGCGACGGCGCGAGCAGCGACGCAGCGGACGGCUCGCCCCGCGGGUCCCUCGGGGAGGGCAAGAAGCUCGUGUUCGUCGCCAACGACUGGCCGGCCGCGAUGCUCGUACUCCGCGUCAAGGCGCACAUCCAGGGCGGGCAUAUGGUGGCCGCCUGCGAGCGGCGCCUGCGCGAGGCCGAGGCGCAGCUCGCGGCAAGCACCGCUCCCGACCCCUUCCAGACGGGCGCGCCCCCGCUGGCGCCGACCAGCCCCCCCUCGCGCGCCCUCCCCCUGCUCUCCACGGUCGAGGAGGUGAGCGAGCCCGCGUCGACGCCGCGCACCACGGGCGCCAGCGGGUCCUCGAAGCGCACGUCCGUGAGCGCGCACCGGCCGCUCGGCGCGCCCGACGUGCCCCCGCGCGCCUCCUCGGCGCCCCCAACCGCCUCCGCGGCCGCCGCGGCCGUCACCCACGAGAUCGAGCUGCUGGCCCUGGCGCGCACCCUCGAGCGGCGGCUGCGCGGCGCCACGGUCACCACGUGCGUGCACAACCUCGCCUACCAGGGCCACUUCCCCGCGGAGCUCUUCCCGCGCCUCACGCUCCCCGACGAGUUCGUCCGCCACCUCCUCGACGUGCCCGAGACGUUCUGGAGCACCUUCCCGGGACUCGCGGAGCCGGUGCGGCCGCCGCUCGCCAAGCCGCCCGGGGACGCGCCGUCCGUGGGGCGCGGGUCCGCGGAGUCGCGGCGGUCGCUCCUCAGCGAGGCGGUGCGGGCGGACGGGCCCGGCGCGCCGCCCGCGGAGACGAAGGGCGCGGCGGGCGGGGCGGGGGGGCUCGCGUCGCUGUUCGACAAGCCUGGCGCGGGCGCGGCUGCGGCCGGCGCGGACCUGCUGUCGUCGUUCGCGAACUCCCCCGCGCGGCUGGGGGACAGGGACCCAACGCGCCCGGGGGACUCGGGGCGCUCGCAGCCCAAGCUGGUGGACGACCUGUUCGACAAGGCGCGGCCGACGCCCCCGCGGAGCCUCGUGGACCAGAUCUUCUCGUCGGACGCGAUGCUGCGUCCCGGGAACGGCACGCCGCCGUCCAACCACGGCGUGGAGCUGCCGGGCACCUCGGACGUGCUCUACGACCCGGACUCGCUCGGCGGCGCGGCCACGUCGCAGCCCGCGCUGCAGCCGCUCGCGCCGGGGAUCCUCGGGCGGCUCCCGCGCGGGAUGCGCAUGAACUGGAUGCGCGCGGCGCUGCGGCUGUCGGACGCCAUCCUCACGGUGAGCCCCGGGUACGCGCGCGAGAUCGCCAGCGGCGACGGCUGCGGGCUCGACGACGAGAUCAUGCGCGCGCGCAGCUUCGUGGGCAUCACGAACGGCAUCGACACGGAGGAGUGGGACCCGCGCACCGACGCUUUCCUGCCCGAGCACGCCCGGUACUCCCUCGGCACGGUCGGCACGGGCAAGGCCGCCGCGAAGCAGCUCCUCCAGCAGCGCCUCGGCCUGGAGCAGGACCCGCACGCGCCGCUGAUCGGCUUCGUGGGCCGCCUGGAGCACCAGAAGGGCGUCGACAUCCUGCUCGCGGCGCUCCCGGAGCUGCAGCCGGAGCGGCCGUCGUCGCCGUCGCCGCGCAAGAGCAUCCUCGGCCGCGCGAUGGAGCUCGUGGGCAUGCAGUCGGGGCUGAGCUCCUCGGACCGGGUGGGCAGCGCGGGCACGCUGGGCACGGACGCGACGCUGGUCGCCGACGGCGAGGACGGCGCGGUGGACGCCGUGCGGAAGGUCGCGGUCACGCGCGACGGGCGCUGGUUCCGGUACCCGCAGGUCGCGGUGCUGGGCACGGGGCAGCCGGGCCUCGAGCGCGCCGUCUCCUUCCUCGGCAAGUCCUACCCGGGGCGCGCGGCGGGGAUCGCGCGCUUCGACGUCGGCCUGUCGCACCUGAUGAUGGCGGGGUGCGACUACCUCGUCGUCCCGUCGCGGUUCGAGCCGUGCGGCCUCGUCGCGCAGUGCGCGCUGCAGUACGGGACGAUCCCGAUGGUGUCGUCCGUCGGCGGGCUCACGGAUUUCGUCACCAUCGACCGGGGCUUCCUGCUCGGGCCGCUGGGCGGGCGGUCGGCGGGGACGCUCGAGGCGUGCGUCACGCGGGCCAUCAGUGGCAUCCAAGAGGCGCUCGUGGAGUACGGCUCACCGGACUUUGAGCUGCGGCGGCAGCGGUGCAUGACUGCCGACAUGUCCUGGGACGGGCCCGCGGCAGCCUGGGAGCACGCCCUGCUGUCGGCCAGCAAGAAGGAGCUGGAUUCGGUCGCUGCCGCGGACCGCAAGGCGAAGCGCGGACGGGACGAGGUCCCAGAGCCCCGCCGACGAGGCCGCAGCUCGCUCUCGUGA